AUGAGUUGCUACGUGGUCAGCUCUAGCGGCGUUGCGAUCUGGUUCGCCGUAGAGGAGAGGAUCGGGCACCGGAGGUUUUGCGCAUGCAAGAUGUUCGAUGUCGGUCCCCAGAGGAGAAGGGUGGGGAGGCGCCUGGUGGGUUUUGCCAAGAAGAGGAGGCGUUCCAAGAGGCAGCAGCCAUGGUGGAAGGCGUGGUUCUCUGAUUGGAACGAUGAGGAAGAGAGCCUCGCCGGCUGGAGGGAGGAUGAUGAAUUGCUCCAGCAGGUUGUUAGCAACGAAGACCUGUCGGAGGAUGACAAGUUUCAGACGUGGAAGAGCAAGGCAGAGGCGAUUGUCGACCUGCGGGAAGCCCAGCAGGGUGCCGAAAAUGCAGAAGGGCGGUCAUGGGAGGAUUGGAUAGGUUGGGGCAGCACGUCCGGCGAUGGUGAUUGGGGCGGGGGUGGGAGCUUGUCGGACCAGAUAACUGAUGAUCCGACGGAGAUAGUGAGGGACAAGGGCAUCGCUGAAGCUUUUAGGGACUCUAAUGAUGAAGAUUACAACGACAUGUUGUUUGAGGACCGGGUUUUUCUAUACGCUUCGACGAAAUCGGCCAAAUUCCUAGCAUUGUUGAUCGUUGUUCCAUGGGUGUUGGAUCUUCUAGUACAUGACUAUGUUAUGAUGCCAUUUCUAGACAGGUAUGUCGAGAAGGUACCACUCGCCGCUGAAAUGCUUGAUGUAAGACGCAGCCAGAAGAUUCAGAUGAUAAAGGACCUAAAUAUUGAGAAAGCAAGAUUCCGUUUUGAAGUAGAGAUUGGUAAAUCUCCUCCACUUUCCGAUGAGGAGUUCUGGUCAGAGUUGCGGGAAAAAGCGGUAGAGCUGAGGGAUGAAUGGAGAUUAGAAAACCGACAAGCAUUUGCAAAUAUCUGGUCUGAUAUGGUUUAUGGGGUUGCCCUAUUCCUUCUUAUGUACUUUAACCAGAGUAAAGUUGCAAUAAUAAAGUUCACAGGAUAUAAGUUGCUAAACAAUAUCUCAGACAGUGGGAAGGCUUUUCUUAUCAUUUUAGUGUCAGAUAUCCUUCUAGGAACUAGGUUAUUUUGUGCCUUAGAAGCUGAUUAA